GCUUCGUAACAUUUGAAGCAUAUUUACUUUACAGGUCCAUGUUUCACGUGUAAAUGAAGGACUUGUUACUUGUACAGCCUAUCACUUCAAUCUCGGAGAGCAAAAGUGGGCGUCAGAAGUUCUCCUAAUCUCUAAAAAAAAAAAUGGGAUCGGAUGUAUCGACUGAGGCAAAGCCUCCCGCAGAGCCUCCAAAGAAACCAGGCGGGAAACACGUUCGUAGGACUUCCCAUUGCCUUAUUGUCGAGAAAAAUAACUUCAGAUCCAGGAGGAGACUCACUGCUCUAAAAGAAUUAGACGAAGUUGACGCAUCAACUACGACCGAUCAACCAAAACAAUCUGUGAACGGAUUUCAGGAAAUUGCGUCGUCGAGUAUUGCUGAAGACAUUGACGAUGUUGAUUUCCCGUAUGAGAACCUCGUUUUGGAAGGCGGUGGCAGCCAGGGAAAUGCUUAUAUUGGCGCCAUAAUGGAGUUGGAGCGACUUAACUUCUUGAGCAAGAUUCGUCGUUUCGCUGGUUCCAGCGUUGGUUCGCUGACAGCUGCUUAUCUCGCCGUAGGCCACGGGACCAACAAAUUUCUCUCAAUGAUAAAAGAUGGACCUCAAUUCAACGACCUCUUAGACGCACCUUGUGGAAAAUGCAGCCUGGUGCCCAACCUGUUUAGGUACAUGGGAUGGCAUCCCGGAAGAACCGCCUAUCAGUCUUUCGGUGAGAACAUUGCUGAGAAGCUAGGAGACCCAAACGCCACAUUCAAGGACCUUUAUGUUAAGACGGGGAGAGAACUAUGCGUGGUGGUUACCAAUCUUACCACGAUGAUGGAGGAAUAUUGUCACGUCAAAACCACUCCCAACAUGCCAAUAAGGACAGCUGUCAGGAUGUCUAUGUCUGCUCCAGUUGUUUUCGUUCCUGUAAAGCGGCAAUACUUGGGUCGUACCGAUCUUUAUAUCGACGGCGGUGUUUUGUGCAACUAUCCAGUUCACUGUUUCGAUGGGUGGUGGCUUUCUAUGAAACCUGAAGAUGCUCUCCUGAAGAAGAUGCAACCUUUGGAGGAUGCAGCCAAACUCCUCACAAAGAAGGAGAGGUUUGGAAUGUUCAACGACAAAACCUUUGGCAUGAUCAUCUACAGUGAUUACGACUCCCAUGUACUGGCUACCAAUCCAGAUUUAGAAGCCCCCAUUGCACCUAUACCAGAUACAAAACUUGCCAGAGCUCACGAAAAAAUAAAACAGAAGCGAGAUUUGAACUGUAAACAGCAUCGCCUGGUGACAGACGCCAUGACCCAAUUUCUGAAGGUUCUGGAUCAAAAUAGUAUCGGAGAUACUACGAUUAAUAUCAACGCGUUCAAGCAAGUCUUCAACAAUAAUGAGGAGUUUACACCUGACCAAGCUCGCAUUCUGUUCGGAGAAAAUAUGACUGUCGAUGAAAUAUUUGACAGCCUUGAUGCCAACUCCGACGGAGAGAUUGACUUCAAUGAGCUAAUGUCCUUAGCGCAGAAUGAGGGAGUAGGAAUCCAGACUCAUCAUAUUGGAACGGGGCGGCUUGAUAUCAAGAACGUAGCAGAUUAUCUCACUGGAAUCUUCAGCAUGCUACUGCUGAACGUCAAAAGAGCUUUCCUAGAGGGCCAUGACAUUGAGCGUACGGUACUCAUCAACACUGUCUAUGUGAAAUCCAUGGACUUCAGCCCAGAGACAGAGGACCUGGAUUUCUUAGUAGAGCAAGGCCGUCGUGGAGUUCGAACGUUCCUCAAAUACCACAACAAGACUGCGAAGGAAGAAGCAUCAUAAAGUCACAUCCCGAAGUGUAUGGCAACUCGGUAAAAAUGUAAAAGUUCAAGGAGACCUCAUCCACAGAAAUAAAUUUAGUUAUUCUGAGAGAUUUGUUGUACUCAUUAAUCUACAAGAUUCCCUACCAAAGGGUGGAGGAAAGGCUUGAUGCAAGAAUGAUGUACAGCUUCUCAGCACGGGCAUCGCUAUUUUCUUGAUGACGUUACGUACUAUGUGACGUCGAUUAUCAAGUAGUAUCAAAUGUAUAGAUGCUUCCUUCCCAGUUGUUUGUAGUGAUGAAGCAUAUCCUUCACAUGAUAUUAUCCUUUGUACUUCAAUUACCAGAACCCCAAAUUGCGUAAAUAAGUUGAUGCUUUUCUGGGGUAAAGGUUUCGCCUAAGUGAAAUUGACUUGUCAACUGCUAUAUUUUAGUAUUGUUAAAUUAAUUACGUGUAGUUACAAUUUUCCCCUGUUAUAUAUUUUUCACCAAAUAUAAUGUUUUCCUUCUUAGCUAUGAUUUUCCCUGAUUGAAAAGUAAAG